AUGGACGGCUACGAUCCUCUAGCAAUGCCCUAUUUACACAGUCCCAUGCCCUUCACGGGCGGAAACUUGCAGAAUUUGGAUUAUAUGAGUGUACCUUCGGCCAUGGAUUUGGGAGAUCAAUACUCCAACUUCGAUUCAGAUGUCUACAGUGACACUGGUUUCGACCUCCCUCCAUCAACGGGAUUGCAACAUCCUGCAGUCCUCAAACGCUACUCCUCAGGCUUCGACGAUCCUUUUGCUGAGGGCACCAUGGCUCAAUUCGACCAGAUUCCAACCGAAGGACUGCCUGAGAGCCCCUCUAUCGACCGCGACAGCAAAUACCUCAGCUUCCAUAUGCCUCAGUACAACUAUACCCUGCUUGACGAUUCUUUCCGUCGCUCCUCGGUAAAUAUUAAUGCCCAAUUGCACGGCAUGUUCUUUCUGGCAGAAUCACAGUGGCCUGCUACUGCCGACACUCCUCCACCGCCACCAGAGCUUACCUGCUAUAGACGGAAUCUGUUCCAAAUCACUGGUUCCGUCACCUUGCCUCGGAAUCUAAGAUACGUCUUCACCGAUGACGGCUCCAGAAUACCCAUUUAUGAGCUCGAGCUAGCAGUCUCCGCAACCGAGUCGGUGGAAAAUAAUGCGGUCAAAAUCAUCUCCGUGCCGUGGAAGACACCCGCCAGUGGCGAGGCCACCAAGCCCGACGACAAGGUAGAACGGGAGCCGCCCACGAUUCCUCUAGACAAGAUGUCCGGCCAGGAAUUAGACACCGACUACACCACAUUUCCCAUCCAAUGGAAGAGACUGCAAUUCAGAAUAGCAACUGCAAAUAAUGGUCGUCGAAAAGAACUCCAGCAACAUUUCACCCUCCAUCUCAAGAUCAUGGCAUCGCUGUCUACCGGUGGCAAGAUCUCAAUUGCAGAGGCUCGCUCUGGUGCUGUCAUUGUGCGAGGGAGAAGUCCUCGGAACUUUGCAGCACGUAAGGAUUUACCGCUGAGUAGCUCCUCGACGGCGCGAAAGCAUUUGCCCUCGGUCUCUCGAGCGAGCGCAAGCCAAACCUCCGUUCCUCAAGUCACCUCCGCACCUAAAGUAAAAUCACCUCCAGAUGACAUGUCGCAAAUGAGCAAAGUAGGCUAUGAGGCCAAUGGCGACUACAAACCAGCAGAUCCGGCUGCAUGGGUAUCUCAAAUACCCGGCGAAUCUCUAGCUAACCCAUAUUCUGCCUCGAUGAACCCUCCACCCAUGCCGACGUUUGCUCACGACCAAACACCGGAUCUCGGAACUCCAGGACAGACAUUUCCGUUUACAUUCCCACAAGAGAUGCCAGCUAGCAACGGUGGUCCGUUAAGUUUACACUUCGGUAGUGACGAUGAAGGUAGUCCAUACCCUCCUAAUCAGGGCAGCAGGCAUUCUUCGCGGCCGCCAACGUCUAAUCCAAGUCCAAGUCUCAUGAAUAAGGGCCAACCUCAGUCUCAAAGUGGCUCCUAUCCUGGUCCUGGUGCAACCACCGGUCACUCACCAGGACACCUCGCCAGCAUGGCUCAACAAGGCGGCCCUGGUACUCGCCCAAGGCUACACUCACACCAAGUCUCAAUGACGAGCGUGCCGAGUUCGGGAUCCAUGAACGGCCCUUAUCCGCAUCCGCAUCCCCAUCACCCCAGACCAGAACUCGUUCCCAUGCCUUCGUCCGGAAGCAUCCCGUUCGCAAAGGUUGAAGGCGAGAAUGCCGACCAACUGUACGAGUACUUCCCACUUGGUCUCGACGACUGGAUGCCACCUGUCGAUGCCGUCUUCCGCCCGCAUGUUGUUCAUCACAGCGGGCCUUUGCCUCCCGACCCGAGGUCACCUGGUGGCAGGCAUACAAGCAAACGGUAUUUCUCCGAGGUUGUAUGA